GGCCGUCUCAAGGAUUUGAGAGACUGGGCAGCUUCUCCCAUGGCGAAACUGAGACCCAGCAAGGGAAAAGGACUUAGGCCCACACAGUGAGUUAGUGGCCCGAUUCAGUCAGGCUUUCUUACCUUUUCUGUUACGUAAUGUACCGAACACCUGCUGUGUGCCAGCCCUAGUGCUGGGCUGAGACUACCGGGAUGACCAUAGUAGACCUGGCUACUGUCUGGAGAGUACCGGUUAGCAGGAGUCAAACAUUAAAACAUAACCAUGCAAAUGAAAGUAUAUAUACAAGUUGCGACAAUUACUAAGAAGACAAAUAACGGGGAGACUUCUGAAGGAGAUGACCUUUAGCAGCAACUUGGAAAGUUAUGGCAAGGAUUAGGGGAAAUACAUUCCAGGCAGAGGGACUAGCUCCUGUGGGUGCCUGAGUUGGCCAAGAAUUUGGCAGGAGGCUGGUUCAGUGUUCAAGAAUGGAGGUUUAUCAUGUAUCAAACACUACGACGGGCCAGAAGAUACAGUUUGUGUACUGGUCCUUGGAAGCAUAGGUAUAGUUAAGAGCAAAAAUAUAAGUAAAAUACAAAGGCGGAGAUGCUAGCAUACUAAGUGCAGGGGAGGGGUAUGGCUAGUAUAUUGGGAUUUUUAUCUAAUGGGAGCUGAAGGAAGAAUUCUCUGAGGAAAUGAUGAGUAAGCUGAUAUCUGAAAUAGGAGUUAACUCAGCAAAAACAAGAACUUAUGUAAAGGGUCAGACAGUAAAUAUUUUAGGCUUGUGGACCGUGCGGUCUUUGUCUCAACUACUCAAGUCUGCCAAUGUAAGGGAAAAGUAGCCGUAAACAACAGAGAUGUGAUAAUGGAUCAUCAUGUUACCACCAUUAAGCCCCGAAGAAUCCAAAACCAAAAUGUUAUUCACCGUUUGGAACGCCGGCGGAUCAGUUCAGGCAAGGCAGGUACCCAUUGGCACCAGGUCCGCGUUUUCCACCAGAAUGUCUUCCCCAACUUCACAGUUGUCAACGUUGAAAAGCCUCCUUGUUUCUUGCGCAAAUUCUCACCUGAUGGACGCUACUUUAUUGCUUUUUCUUCAGACCAGACAUCUCUUGAAAUCUAUGAGUACCAGGGCUGCCAGGCAGCAGAGGACCUACUGCAGGGGUAUGAGGGGGAGAUCCUGUCCAAUGGCAAUGACCAGCGGUCAGUCAACAUCCGGGGCCGGCUCUUUGAACGAUUUUUCGUCUUGCUCCACAUUACCAACGUGGCAGCCAACGGUGAGCACCUGAACCGGGAGUGUAGCCUCUUCACUGAUGACUGCCGGUGUGUCAUCGUGGGCUCAGCUGCCUACCUCCCAGAUGAACCUCACCCUCCUUUUUAUGAGGUAUAUCGAAAUAGUGAAUCAGUGACCCCUAACCCACGAUCCCCUCUAGAGGACUAUUCCCUCCACAUCAUUGACCUUCACACUGGCCGCUUAUGUGAUACACGCACAUUCAAGUGUGAUAAAGUGGUUCUGUCACACAACCAAGGGCUCUACCUGUACAAAAAUAUUCUGGCCAUCUUGUCAGUGCAGCAGCAGACCAUCCAUGUCUUCCAGGUGACUCCUGAAGGCACUUUCAUCGAUGUGCGGACCAUUGGCCGCUUCUGCUAUGAGGAUGACCUGCUCACUGUGUCAGCUGUUUUUCCUGAGGUACAGCGGGACAGUCAGACAGGCAUGGCCAAUCCCUUUAGGGAUCCUUUCAUCAACUCACUCAAGCACCGGCUUCUAGUAUACUUGUGGCGUCGGGCAGAGCAGGAUGGUAGCGCAAUGGCUAAAAGGCGCUUUUUCCAAUAUUUUGACCAACUGCGGCAGCUGCGCAUGUGGAAAAUGCAACUUCUGGAUGAAAACCAUCUGUUUAUCAAGUAUACUAGUGAGGAUGUAGUAACACUACGGGUCACAGAUCCAUCCCAGGCAUCUUUCUUUGUGGUUUACAAUAUGGUGACAACAGAGGUGAUUGCUGUGUUUGAGAAUACAUCAGAUGAGCUUUUGGAGCUCUUUGAGAACUUCUGUGACCUCUUCCGUAAUGCAACCCUGCACAGUGAAGUCCAGUUUCCUUGCUCAGCUUCUAGCAACAAUUUUGCAAGGCAGAUCCAGCGCCGGUUCAAAGACACUAUUAUAAAUGCCAAGUAUGGAGGGCACACAGAGGCAGUACGCAGGCUUCUGGGUCAGCUCCCCAUCAGUGCUCAGUCUUACAGUGGUAGCCCCUACCUGGAUUUGUCUCUCUUCAGCUAUGACGACAAGUGGGUGUCUGUCAUGGAGCGGCCCAAAACUUGUGGAGAUCACCCUAUCAGGUUCUAUGCUCGGGACUCUGGCCUGCUCAAGUUUGAGAUCCAGGCGGGCUUACUGGGCCGCCCCAUCAACCAUACGGUCCGCCGCCUUGUUGCCUUCACCUUUCACCCUUUUGAGCCUUUUGCUAUUUCUGUGCAGAGGACUAAUGCUGAGUAUGUUGUCAACUUCCAUAUGCGACACUGCUGCACAUAGGUGCCUCACCAAACCUAGGCUAUCUGGUCUUCCAAGAUUUUACUCCC